GGCUUCGCAGAACCUGCAACACGGUGGACGAUGACAUCGGUGAAGGAGCGAAGGACCAAGCCGAGUGCGACCGAGUUCACGUUCGGUCGAGAGCUCGGCCAAGGCAAUUUCUCCCGUGUGUUCCUCGCCACUCACAAAGCGACCAAGGAAGUCUUCGCUGUCAAGAUGAUCGAGAAAGCGCGCAUCAUGCGCAUGAAAAUUCGACAUCCGAACAUCUUCAACGAAGUCAACAUGGAGAAAACCGUGCUCAACAUGCUUCGCCAUCCCAAUGUCGUCCGAAUGUACCAUACAUUUCAAGACGCGGCAAAUCUGUACUUUCUCAUGGAAUACGUUUCGAAUGGCGAGUUGUGGGAUGUUCUCCAACUUCAAGGCAAGCAAAUUGGAUGCACGGAAGGACUUGCGCAGUUCUACGGCGCCGACAUCGUCAACGCACUCGAAUACAUGGCGUCUCGACAUAUUGUCCAUCGAGACCUCAAGCCGGAAAAUAUGAUCGUUGCCAAAGACGACGGACACAUCCGGCUUGUGGAUUUUGGCACGGCCAAAAAUUUGUCGGACAUCUCGCUUAACGGGCCAAACUUUGUUGGGACCCCAGAGUACAUGUCCCCCGAGACAAUCGACAACAAGUCCGUCGAUUGCAAAAGCGAUCUGUGGUCCUUGGGAUGCAUCUUGUACCAACUCCUGGCGGGCGAAACGCCAUUUCAAGGGGGCAGCGCCUACCUCACCUUUCUCAAGGUCAAGGCAGGAACAUUUGAUUUUCCAGAGUUCUUUUCGGACGCAGCCAAGGACCUCAUCGCGCAAUUGCUGCAAACCCAGCCACAAGCGCGCCCUUCGUUUGACGCUAUCAAAGCGCACCCGUUCUUUCAUGGCGUUGACUUUGCCCACCACAUGAAUGCUACCGCGCCUGAACCGACACCAGACGAUCGGUUUGUUGUACAAACUGCCCAAGCGAUUGCUGCCUACGUCGCGGGGUCAUCGGGACCCCGUCCUGAUGUCCUCGCCACUGCCGCGAAUCUCCAACCCUCCACUAAAAGCCGCCUGAUGCAUGUCCUUCGCCGCAUGCGGCUUCUAGACCACCAUUUUGUGUACCCAGCGUUUUCUCAACAAGGCCCUGCCGCAGGACGAUGCCACUAUGCCACGCGGCGAGGAUACAUUGGGUUUGAGCAUUCGGUGCACAACCAGUGGGGCAAGCCUUAUCGCUUUGUUCAUAUUUCUGGACCUGCCCUGGGACUCUUGCAUGGCGAUGGGGUUCACGACGACGCCGACUCGUCUUGGCGUCGUCAACUCGAAGACUUUGAGCAAGUUCUGAUGGCGAUCAACGAGCUGCACCCCGUGUUUGUUGUGUUGUCCGGGAACAUGACGACGAACGACGCGGCUGUUGAUGCAAAGGAUACUGAGACCCGAGCUCAAACGAUCGCUGCCUUCCAAGAAGUCGUGAAUAGAGCGCUGGACCCCACGAUUCGAGUGGUGUUUGUGCCCGGCGAAGGGACCUCCGACCAGUCGGCCCCAUUCGGUGACGACUUCUACAGCUUUUGGGUCGGCGGAGUCAAGUACAUCGUGUUGAACUCCGCGUUGUUUAUACAAUCUGAGAGCACGUUGGAGCGAUCGCUGGCCCAAGACAAAUGGCUGCAAGCUGAACUGGAGCAUGGUUCCUUGUGCGCCCACCACGUGUGUGUGUUUUCCCACCACCCGUUCUUCGUGGAAGCAAUCGAUGAGCCGACGCGAAUCGAUCGAGAUACCGCUCUUGUCUCCGACAACAACGAGCCGUUGAUGUCGUGGAAUGUUGGAGCUCAGACACGUCUGCCGUACGUGAAAAUGCUUGCUGAAGCCAAAGUGCGGGGGCUUUUCAGCAGCAACUUUCCCUCAACCCAUGUUGGCACCGUGAUCUGGCCGACGAAGGAGCCCAGCGACGACACUGCUGCGGACGAAGAAAGGGACAGUUCACUUGUCUGCACUGUCGCCGUGACCAAUACAUUCGCGUCGGCCCCAUCGUCGAUCCCCACGACGAAGCGCGUGUUUCACCUUGUUCAUGUAGAACAAACGGGAUUUCAAGUCCACGCGCAUCCCGUCGGCGUAUAGUCGAAGACACAAUGUACAAAUACGUCUCAACCUUGAUACACAUCACAUCAUGCCACGCUCUUCGUCGUCCUUGAGCUCUUCAUCGUCGUCGUGCAUGAGAUGUGCCAUCUCAACGUUGGCCAUUUCUAUCUCGCGGUGCUUGUUGAGGACGUACGAAACGCGCUUGAAAUGCGCCAGCCGCAUCGCGACUGCGUGCUUGUGGGACGCGGCUUUGCUGAUGCGCCGGCGCUGCCACGUGAUGAGGACAAGGAGGCCCACCAGGACACACAGAACAAAUCCUACGCUACGAAAGGCCAACAUUCGCGAGUGCUCUUCAUGCGCCAACAUCAUGCUCUCCGCCGCGGCGCGCUCCUCAAUGUUCAGCGUUGUCUUUGGGUCCAUGAUGCACUCGGCUAUUGGGACAAGGUCAACAGGCGAAAGAUUUCCUCCCACGUCAACUAUCCGUAUACAUCCGGAUAUUUUGGAUGAAUGUCGAAGCCAGCGACGGA